UCCCUAUCCCUCUCUCUCUUAGUCCCCACUCUCUUUUUUUCUCUCCUUCCUGCCUCUUCUUUACAGACCCCGUGCAAGCCGUGGUUCACACUUCUCUCCUGACACAGGGACUACCAUCCGGGCUCCAGGUCUCCGCCAUGGCCCGGCCUUCCCCCCUCUCUUUCGGACUCUUCCUCCUCUUGAUCGGCCCUGCGAUGACAGGACCCCAGUCUGACCCCACGCCCCGGGCUGACCAAGAACCUGUGUGCCAAAAACACAGCACCCUCCAUGACAGACUGGACGUAGUGGAAAAGCGCGUGGAGAACACGGUCCAGAAGCUGGAGGCCGAGCUCUCUCUGCUGCUGGACGCUAUCGAGGCCCCGGAGUGGGGCCCUCUGCUGGAGAACGCCUCACCCAGCAUAGACAUUCUCAGCAGCGAGCCCGGGGGCCCAGCCUCCUGAGAGGGGAAGGAGGGGAGAGAUCGAUGGAGAGAGAAGGGAGAGAAGCCCCAUUCUUUAGACAAGAACUUAGGCUUGGACAGGGCAGGCUCGUCUGAAAAGAGCGCAACAUCGACAACUAAAGAAACCAAUCGCAUACUUACCUUACUGCUAGCUUAUAGAGCAAGUUGCAUUUUUACUCCAAUGUUUUUCAACAAUUUUAUAUUAUCGCCCAAAUUUAUACUGUACAGGCCACAUUUUAAGUUAAUUAGCAUCAAACCAAAAUAUAUGUUUUAAAAGCAAAACUGUGACUCGUGUGAUUAUGGGUAUGUGUAUCCCACCUCAGUGGCAACACCUAGUGGCUGAAGAAUUUCACACUGUGAUUGUUAGUCUGAUUGCUCUGUCCUCCCACUCAGUAUUCUCAAUAUUAUUGACAGACGUGUGCGUCACGAGCCAGAAAUAAGAGACACAAACAAAUAUCUUUCAGCUUGUGUCUCGUAAAUUGUCAUUUAAAGUAAUAUACAUUGAUUUGUACAAAUGCAUGCAUAUUUGUGAAUACAUACUCUGCAUCAAGUGA